GGAAGCAGAGGGGCCGCUGUGCCAAGGCUCUGAAGGGCGUGUGUGACCCCGCGGGUGUGAUCAAGAUCAGCGAUGACAGCAGCACCGACUCCGACAUGGGGCUUGACAGUGACUUCAACUCCUCCCCAGAGUCCGUGUUUGAGACAGACGAUGUCAUCUUCGUUGAGCACACCUACAACGGCUUCGCAGCUGAGGACAGAAGUAAUUUUCACAUGCUGCCUUCCCAGAAAGAGAUGCAUGGCCUGAGAGAACUAGAACACGUGGAAAAGAUGAAGCAGGACCUCCUAGCAAAAGUAAAAGCACUGGGCAAAGAGCUACCUCUCAAUACCUUGGAUGAACUCAUCAAUCACUUUGGGGGCCCGGAGCAUGUGGCUGAGAUGACGGGGCGGAAGGGCCGGGUGGUUUGCAGACCGGAUGGCUCCGUCAUGUUCGAGUCUCGUGCAGAGCAAGGCCUCUCUAUAGACCAUGUCAACCUGAAGGAGAAGGAGCGUUUUAUGAAAGGGGAAAAGCUUGUAGCAAUAAUCUCCGAGGCCUCCAGCUCAGGUAUCUCUCUCCAAGCAGACAGACGGGUGAAAAACCAGAAGCGCCGGGUCCACAUGACGCUGGAGUUGCCCUGGAGCGCCGACCGGGCCAUACAGCAGUUUGGUCGAACGCACCGAUCGAACCAGGUUUCUGCUCCAGAGUAUGUCUUCCUUAUCUCUGAGCUGGCAGGGGAGAGGAGGUUUGCAUCCAUCGUGGCAAAACGUCUGGAGAGCCUAGGUGCCUUAACUCACGGAGACCGACGGGCCACUGAAUCCCGAGACCUCAGCAAGUACAACUUUGAGAAUAAGUACGGGGCUAAAGCACUAGACAGAGUUCUCUCCACUAUCCUCAACCACACGGAGAACAGAGUUCCUGUGCCCAAGAGCUAUGACAGAGGGGAAGCUGCAUUUUUCCAUGAAAUGAAGCAAGGUCUCAUCUCUGUGGGGAUCUGCUGCAAUCAGAUGAAGUAUGGCACCGUCUCAGUGGAGAAGGACUGCUCCAUCACCAAGUUCCUGAACCGCAUCCUGGGUCUGGAGGUGGACAAGCAGAACAUGCUCUUCCAGUAUUUUUCUGACACCUUUGACUAUCUGAUUGAAAAGGACAAGAAGGAGGGCAAAUACGACAUGGGCAUCCUAGAUUUAGCCCCAGGAGUGGAUGAGAUCUACGAGGAGAGCAAGGAGGUCUUCCUGACCCCUGGGCACCCUCAGGAUGGGCAGGUCGUGUUUUAUAAGAUCAGUGUCGACAGAGGCUUAAAGUGGGAGGAAGCUUAUGAGAAGUCACUCAAACUGACAGGAUCCUUCGAUGGGUUCUACCUCUCCUACAAGAUGCGAGGCUGCAAACGCACCUGUCUGCUGGCAGAGCAGAGCCGCGGGAAGAACUUCAUCCUCUACAAGCCAAAUAUUGGGAAGCAAAGCCAGCCUGAGGGCCUGGACAGUCUGCAGAAGAAGUACCAGCGGGUGCCGCCCGAGGAAGCCAAGGAGCACUGGGAGAGCAGUUACCGCUUCUCCUUGAAGAAGUGUAACCAUGCUGUCUGGAACAGGAGCUGCAAGCUGAUCCAGGAGGGGAAGGAGUGCGUCCAGGGCAUGCGCCUGCGUCACUACUACAUGCUGUGCGGGGCCCUGCUGCGGGUCUGGAGCAGGAUCGCCAACAUCAUGGCAGACAUCACCAACACCAGCUACCUGCAGAUCGUCCGCCUCAAGACCAAGGAGAAGAAGAAACAAGUCGGGAUAAAGAUCCCUGAGAGCUGUGUCCGUAAGGUGCUGGAGGAGCUGAAGCAGAUGGACGAGAACGUGAAGCGAAAGCACAACCGACUCCUUCAGGCCCAAGAGCAGAGCCUGCAGUUCCCCCUGCCGCUGCACAUGCCUCUGGACCUCACGCAGACGGGACCCGGGGUCCCCCUGCCCAGGCACUCCCUGCGCCAGGAUGAGAUCCUGGACUUGACCUAUAGCCCUCCCAGCAACAGCAUUCCCGAUGUGGUGAUGAACCCAGAGCCCGGUGCGUUGUGCUUCCCCUCUGAGCCUGUUCUCCAGCCACACCAGCAGCACAGAUUUGGCUUCAGCCACCCUUCUGCCUUCCAGAGCCCGGCCCCCAUCCUGGAGGGGAGCGUGCCUCUGAGCUCCUCGCUGCACGAACACCUGCCUCUGCCUCACCCGGGACCCUUGCAGACACUGCAACAGCAGCAAGAAGAUUUUGUCCAACAGGAUGGGAAUAUCAAUUUUAGAGAGAUCCUGGAGGACAUGCUAAGGACGUUAAAUGGGACCCCCCAGGAGAACAUACUUCCCCAGGAGCGCCAGAGUGUGAUCCAGUUCAGUGGGCCUUUCCCAGACUUCUGA